CACGGUGGUGCAGAUGGCAACUUGAGCGGAUACCAUAAGAAGAAAUACCAUCAGGAAAGACCUGCUGGAUCACAACGAGCUGUUCAACUGCCUCGCGCUGCACGCAAUCGCAAACGUCGGCGGUCGAGAGAUGGGGGAGGCGCUGAGCGGCGAGGUUCACAGGCUGCUGAUCUCACCGACUUCGAAGGCGUUCGUGAAGAAGAAGGCUGCGUUGACCUUGCUGCGCCUUUACCGGAAAAGCCCCGAAAUUGUCCAGCCGCAGUGGGCGGAAAGGAUCAUCUCCCUGAUGGACGACGUUGACCUGGGCGUCGCCUUGUCCGUGACGUCGCUUGUCAUGGCCUUGGCGCAGGACAACCUCGAGCAGUACAAGGGCGCAUACGCGAAGGCGGCCGGCCGAUUGAAGCGGAUCGUGAUUGACGGGGAAUACUCUCCAGAUUAUCUCUAUUAUAAGGUCCCCUGCCCGUGGAUUCAGGUCAAGCUCCUGCGACUGCUGCAAUAUUUCCCGCCUUCAGAGGACAGCCACGUCCGGGACAUGAUCCGGGACUCUCUCCAAAAGAUUCUAGAUCUCGCUUUGGAGACGAACAAGAACGUGCAGCAGAACAACGCGCAGAACGCUGUGCUCUUCGAGGCCAUCAACCUUAUCAUCCACCUCGACACGGAGCAAGCAUUAAUGAAGCAAAUAUCAUCGCGACUCGGCCGGUUCAUCCAGUCGAGGGAGACCAAUGUCCGAUACCUGGGUCUGGAGGCCAUGACGCAUCUGGCCGCGCGGGCGGACACGCUGGAUCCGAUCAAGCAGCACCAGGAGGUUAUCAUCGGCUCGCUCAAGGACAGGGACAUCAGCGUGCGGCGGAAGGGUCUCGACCUGCUCUACAGCAUGUGCGACGCCUCGAACGCCCGGGUUUUAGUCGGCGAGCUCCUGCACCACCUGCAAAACGCCGACUUCGCCAUCCGGGAGGAAAUGGUGCUCAAGAUUGCCAUCCUCACCGAGAAGUAUGCGACCGACGUGCAGUGGUACGUCGACAUAUCGCUCCGGCUCAUCGCCAUGGCGGGCGACCAUGUCAGCGACGAGGUGUGGCAGAGAGUGAUCCAGAUCAUCACCAACAACGAGGAGCUGCAAGUCUAUGCUGCGCAGAACACUCUCCAGUACUGCAAGCAGGACCAUUGCCACGAGACGCUGGUCAAGAUCGGGGCCUACAUCCUGGGCGAGUUCGGGCACCUCAUUGCCGAAGAGAGGGGAUGCAGCCCGAUCGAGCAGUUCCUGGCACUGCAGAGCAAGCUUCCUGCCUGCUCGUCGAGUACCCGUGGCAUGAUCCUGUCGUGCUUCAUCAAAUUUGUCAACCUGUUCCCGGAAAUCAAGCCGCAGCUCAUCAACGUCUUCAGCGUGUACAGCCACACGCUCGACCCGGAGCUCCAGCAAAGAGCAUGCGAGUAUCUCGCCCUGGCAUCCAUGCCGACCGACGACCUUCUCAGGACCGUCUGCGACGAGAUGCCGCCCUUCCCGGAACGCGAGUCGGCGUUGCUGUCCAGGCUACACCAGAAGCACUCCAAGACGAGCGACAAGAGGACGUGGGUCGUCGGCGGCAAGGACGCCAACGCGGACGCGACCGAGCUCGCCAUGGCUAAGCAGGGAGGUCUCAGGAGGACGUUCACCACGAAUGGCCACGCGAACGGCGGGGCGGCGGCGGCAGCGAACGGCCACUCGGCCGCCAACGACCUCGCCGGCCUCGACAUGAGCAACGUCGGCCCGGCCGAAGCCAAGGCGCUCAAGCCGCCGCCCAACCUCGCCAGCGCGGCCCACCUCUCGCCCGGCUGGGAACGGGGCUUCAACCGGCUCCUCCUCAAGGCGGACGGUGUCCUGUACGAGGACGGACAGCUGCAGGUGGGCGUGCGGUCCGAGUACCGCGGGCAGAUGGCGUGCCUGAUCCUCUACUUCACCAACAAGACGCCGGCGCUGAUCAGCUCCUUCACCACGACGCUCGACCUGGACGAGUCGGAGAAGGGCAACCUGACGUGGGACAUCAAGGGCCUGCCGGAGACGACGCUCGCGCAGGGCGCCCAGUCGCAACAGGUCAUCGUGUUCGAGGCGAAGCGGGUCUUCGACAAGAGCCCCACCAUCCGCAUCAGCUACCUCGCGGGCGCGCUGCAGGCGCUCACGCUGAAGCUGCCCGUCACCAUCCACAAGUUCAUGGAUCCGGCCGAGCUGUCGUCCGAGGACUUCUUCAAGCGGUGGAAGCAGAUCGGCGGCGCGCCGAGGGAGGCGCAGCAGAUCUUCGGGCUGGCGGGCGGCGGAGGAGGGUCCAAGGACGGCGGCCGGGAGAUCAACGAGGCCUUCGUGCGCACCGUCGUCGAGGGGUUCCGGUGGGGCGUGCUCCAGGGCGUCGACCCGAACCAGAGGAACUUUGUCGGCGCCAGCGUGGUGCAUACCUCGGAGGGCGGCAAGUACGGCUGCUUGCUGCGGCUGGAGCCUAACUAUGCGACUCAGGUAUGUCUUACUUUUCUUUUUUCCCAACCCGGCCUGAUUGAAGUUGUUUGCGGGAGCCUGGGCUGACUGGGGCGCACGUGUGCGCGCGCAGAUGGUGCGGUUGACCAUCCGGGCGACGGACGAGUCGCUGCCGCCGGUGCUGCUGAGGCUGAUGGAGGGCCGCAUCUCGCUGGGGGUGUCGACGGCGCCGGAGAGGCAUGUGCCGCCGACUGUGAGCGAGAUCUCGGACACGUUCAGGAAUAUUAUGGUUACCACCAAGUAGCGAGUAGCAGGCGAAGGAGGGGAAGAAGGGUGAAUCGAAUCUAUACCCUGUUGGGGGUCGGCGAGUUUUCCAGUGGCUGUGUCUGUUGACCACAAUCAUGGGCAUUGCGCUUGUGCAUGUAUAUAAGGCAUUUACAUUCUUGGAUCGUUCAUGUAGCUUCUGUAAUGGAUGAAGGGAAAGUCUUGUCUCUUCGAUCCGGUACCUCCGGUACUUGCUUGCGGUGACAGCUUAGACAAAAGUCAAUGACAGCCGUAAGUGAAAGAGGAGUUCACAUUCAAUUCCUACUGCUGUAUCCCUCUGAGACGAUUUGGCCAGUG